GCAGUUCUAGUUAGUCCUGUUUUGUCCAGUUGGUGGCGUUUGAGCACCAAAGAGUUAACCAUAAAGUGGCAGAGAAGAAGAACGGAACCACCAUCCGUCCUCAAUCACGUUCUCUAACACCAAAUAAAUACCCGGUGCCUUUCAUAGAUUCAUCAUUGUGUGAGAAACGACUAGACCUUGAGAAUGAGUGGCAGGGGAAAAGGCGGUAAAGGACUCGGUAAAGGAGGCGCCAAGCGGCACCGGAAAGUCCUCCGAGACAACAUCCAGGGUAUCACCAAACCCGCUAUCCGUCGUCUGGCUCGCCGUGGUGGAGUCAAGCGGAUCUCUGGUCUGAUCUACGAGGAGACCCGUGGAGUGUUGAAGGUUUUCUUGGAGAACGUGAUCCGUGACGCCGUCACUUACACCGAACACGCCAAGAGGAAGACUGUGACCGCCAUGGAUGUGGUUUAUGCUCUGAAGAGGCAGGGCCGCACUCUGUACGGGUUCGGAGGUUAAACCUACUGCUCAGCCGGUGAUAAACGACAACAAAAGGCUCUUUUCAGAGCCCCCACCUCCAGAAAAUGGCUAAUCUUCUUAACCGUGUCAAAUGUAAUGAUGAACAUUGUAAAACUUUAAAUCAACUCCCUUAUUUCGUCGGCAGUACAGGUGUAAAGGCACAGACUAUACUCUUAUGAUGUAGUUUAAUCUGAACAUCCAAAUGGGUAGUUUCUGAUAACCAUAGAAAGGUUAAAAAGUGCAUUUUACACAAAUUACUGGAAUUGAUAGGAUUAAUGGAUCAACAGGUACUAAACACUUUAGAUAAGUAGAUGAUUUUGGUCACCAGUGGCUGUUUGAGUC